CACACCAUGACCUCCAUCGAUAUCCAACUCCGGCUGCGAGAAAUCCCACGGAAGAUAGCCGCUCUCGAAUGGGAGAUCAUCACCUUGCGUGCCGAACGGCAGACCCUUCUUCCAUUCUACACCCCUAUUCUGCUGCUGCCAGCCGAGCUGACCAGUGAGAUCUUUCAAUGGUCCACACAAGAUGAGGAAUCGUGUGGGAAGGGGAUGGAACAAUCCAUGCGGCUUUCCGGUGUGUGCAGAGCGUGGCGAGACGUUGCGAUCUGGACGCCCCAGCUUUGGACGCGCUUCGACGUUUCUUUGUUCAUAGCGAAUCCGGCGAAACUUGAUGAAUUCGUCGGCUUGUGCAUUAGCCGUGCGGGCUCGCUGUCAUUGGAACUGUCGGUUUCUUUCUCGUGGACCCCCCCGUCCUCUCAAAUCAUCAAUGUGGUGCAAGUGGUCGCCCGUCACUCCACUCGGUGGCGAGCUUUGACCUUCGAAGAUUUGCUUCCAAACGCGCUCUCUGUACUUCCGAGUGGAAUCACAUGGCCUUCACUGGAGAGAUUGUCUAUCAGCGCGAUUUUCAAAGGAGAAAUCUUGACUCCAUUCGAAGCCUUUCAAAAUUCCCCCGCUCUGCGUACAGUCCGGCUUGCUGUACUGGACGACACCCAUCUUCUUCUUCCGUGGUCACAGCUCCAUCAUCUCACCCUCAUAGCCCUCGACACAGAUGCAUGCGUCCGAGUCCUGCGUAGAACCACUGGAUUGCAGACCUUGACCUGCAGAAGCCGCCUCGCGCUUCCUGUCCCUGUUGAACUGGUUACACUCCCGGAUUUAGUCCAGUAUCACAGUCUGGGAGACAAUCUCGGGCCCACCGCAUACCUGAUCCUUCCGGCACUUCAGUAUCUGACCAUCGAAAAUCUAGAACUCGUGCCUGGCCUUCUCGAGCGCUCCAGUGCUGCGCGAACCUUGAUUGCGCUCACAGUUUCCGACACGCCGACGAUGGACCAGUUGAAACGCCUUCCUCGUCUUCCCUCCACAAAACACCUGACGAUCAAAUACUUUAGUGCGGCCAAGCGGGAUGUGUGCCGGAAGUUUAUACAAGCAUUGAACUACCGCGUGCCCCUGAGUUCAAGCGAAAAACUCACAGUGAUUUUUCCUGUUUUGGAAACAUUGACCCUUCACAAUUGCUGGUUCGAGACAUUGAGCGUUGAAGAAGUCGCAGAGAUGGUCAAGCGGCGAUUCCCGGAGACCAACGGCUCUUUGCGAUCGAUCUCGGUCGAUUUUAUGGGCCCUACUGGCACGAAUGUACUAAAAGCGGUGGAUGAUUUGCGGGAAAUGCGCCAUCAAGGCUUGGAGCUCAAUUUUUCCUGGUCCGACGAGCCUCUCUGUCCUGGACAGAGCACCGAUUUUAUCUCUGCUCUAUCCGAUUCGAAAGAGUUGUGAUGCGGAACUAGAAACCCUCACUGAAUUUGAUGAUAAUUGAUUACUCGACGAUAUUUUUGUGCAGACUCUUGUAGUCCGAUGUCACGUGCUCGUGGUAUCGCAGGUUUAGAAUGAUCAAUUGCCAGUCCGAAAUGUGUGUCCGCUUGGUUCAA